GUCGCAGUGUCCCAUCGUCAAUCGGCAUUCUCCCCGCUGCACUGCCACUGUUCCCUUGCCCUUGCCCGCAGGGAAGAGCGACGGAGCAGCUGCUUUCCUCUUUCCACGUCUCCCUACACCUCAUUGCCUCAUCAUAAAAUCCCCUCGCUCCCGCACUCUCAGCUCCCACCUCACCACACCACGCCACACUCGCCUCGUGCCCUCGUCCUCACACAGUCACAGUCCUCCCCCGGCAGCGGCUCUCCGCUGCCAACCAACUCCACCAACACCCCCCACAACAGCAGGAGAAAAAAAGGGACGAGCCAUGGCCAUGGACUCUUCCUCCUCCGGCUCCGAGCCCACGUCCUCGUCCUCUGCUGAGGCUCCUGCGUCCCCAACCGCGUCGUCCUCCGAAUCCUCCGCCGCGGGCAGCAAGAAGCGGCGGCGCAGCAAGGACGGGCACCACCCGACGUACCGCGGCGUGCGCAUGCGGGCCUGGGGCAAGUGGGUGUCGGAGAUCCGGGAGCCGCGCAAGAAGUCGCGCAUCUGGCUCGGCACCUUCGCCACCGCCGAGAUGGCGGCGCGCGCCCACGACGUAGCCGCGCUGGCGAUCAAGGGCCGCGCCGCGCACCUCAACUUCCCGGAGCUCGCGAACGAUCUGCCCCGCCCGGCCACCGCCGCGCCCAAGGACGUCCAGGCCGCCGCCGCGCUCGCCGCGGCCGCGGACUUCCAGGCGCCCGCCAAUGCAGCCGCCGCCACGGACCCCGACGACGGCCCGGCCGCCGCCGCCGACUCCGCGUCCGCCUCGCCGCCGCCGCCGCCGCCACAGCUGGACAACCCCGACGACGCUCUGUUCGACCUCCCCGACCUCCUCCUCGACCUCAGACACGGGGCCUCGUCGUGCCAGCUCUCGUGCGCGCCGUCGUGGUACGACGACGCGUGCUUCUCCGGCGCCGGCGCCGGCGCCGGCGCGUUGUUCCGCCUGGAGGAGCCGCUGCUGUGGGAGUACUGAGUGCAGUGAAAUAGACUGUUUUGCUCAGUCGACGAGAAUCAAGCGCGGCUUCGAGCUGCUGCUGCUUGGUGUGUGGCCAUCUACGGCCUAGCUAUGGGCUGUAAUUGCGGCGGUGGACCAGAGCGCAAUCGAUGUAAACCAUGGAGCAGCGUUGGAGUUGGACCAGCUGGAAUGGAACCAAAUUAGAGCCAUUUCUCCUUUGCGUCUGCUCCUACAGAUUUAGAAAGCAAACCACAUGUAUAAAAGAAAAAUCAUUCGUCGACCCCGGCCAGCACGUUCCUUUCGCUCCCUCCAGUCUGGUCGUCUGUCUUUGCUUGGAUUGUGGGACAAGAAUAUGGUGCAGCGGCAAGACUAGCCGCGCAUCUAGCUCCUUUCAUUCUCCGUUGCUCAAAGGGGUUAUACUGAAUCUUUUUUUUUUUUGUAGUUGUA